CCCCGAACUUGUUUCGCCCUGAUCGCCAAGAUAAUAAGAAUUAAAAAACGUUCACUUUUUGCGUGGGUUCAGCUCAUGAAGGGUGCAACAGUUACCCUCUAUGAUUGCAUAAGAGGCGCAGAGCCAGAAAGUGAAGUAGGCUAAGUUUCGGUUUUGAUUUCCCCAGUAAACUGACUAUUGAUGUUGAGGAAAUGCAACUUUAGCCUAGGUCGGUAUCACCAAAGAGUAGGCUAUAAAUACCUGCCUAGCUACAGUCUUUGCUGUCACUCUGGAAUAUCCUUCACACUGAAAACACUGAAAACCAUUCACAAGACGAAAUGAGUUCAGACAAAGUGACAAGUAAGGGACAACUAAAGAAUCUGGAGUGCCUCUUCACAUGGGACGUGGACAAAGAUGACAUCAAUGACUUGAAGGGCAUCCCAGAGAAGCUCCUGGACCGUGUCAAGUACUGUCCCCGCAGGUACCACGCCACUUACUUCAACAUCCUGGCCUUUGUGAGCCACCUGCAGGGUAGGAACGACACUGCCCUUGAAUACCUGGCCAAGUCCGAAGCCGUGCUGAAGGAGGAGAAGCAAGAUGAGGCGGAAUUCCUGGUCACCUACUCCAGCUUUGCAUGGCUGCACCAUCACCUGGGUAACAUGAAAGACAUGGAGACUUACCUGGGCAAGGUGAAGAGAGUAGGUGAGGGUGGAGAGUCUGCCGUGGAAGCAGAGAAAGGGUGGAGCUUCUUAAGGAUGGGGGCUAAGCUCUAUCCAAGGGCCAAGGAGAGCUUCCAGAAGGCUCUGGAAGCCAAGCCUGACAGCGUGUCCUACAAUGUGGGCUAUGCCAUAGUCCUUUAUCGGUUGGAGGAACUUGUCAGAAAGGAUGUUAGAGUCAAGCCUAAGGACAGCCCUGCAGCCAGACAGCUACAGAGAGCCUUGGAUCUCGACCCCACAGAUGCUGAAGUGAUGGUCCUCUUAGCCCUGAAAAAUCAAAGGUUUAAUGCAACGAAGAGCAGAGAGCUGGUCCUCAUGGCCCUUGAGAAGUGUGCUGACGUGCCUCAGGUCAUCAGGUACGCUGGUACAUACUUCAGGAGAGACAACUCUACCACUGAGUCGUUAGAGAUGCUCGAGGAGGCGGCUAAGAGAGCUCCCAACUCCUCCUUCCUCUACCACCAGAUGGGGCUCUGCCACUGGCAAGAGAUGAUCAACAUGAAGACAUCCGGCGAGUGGCGUGCCGGCUCUGCGCAAGUCAAGGACGCCGCCGCCAAAAGCAUCCGCCUCUUCCGCAAGACCGUGGAGCUGAAGCCGUCCAACACACACGCCUGGGUCCACCUGGCAGAGGCGUACGCAGAGAGCCGGCAGCUGGAGAAGGCCGAGCCCAUUUUCACCCGUCUGAUCUCGGAUGAGCGCCUGACCGACACGGAGAGGCAGCACUGCCACACCAAGUACGGGGUCUUCCUGAUGUACCACAGGAAGGACGACACCCGGGCCGUGGAGCAGUUCAAGAAGGCCUACAGGAUCAGGGUCGACACAAAAGACCGCAGUCAGGCUCGGGACAAACUCAAGAAGAUUGGGAACCGCAGGUCUGGGCGGAGAGGCCGGGAGAGUGAUGACAUCUCGGCUUUCCUGUCCGAAGUAGAUGACCAGGACAGGCGGGAGAGCGCCACAAGGGCUGCAGCAGCAGCAGCAAAUAUCAGUGGGCUUGCUGACAGCUUCAGAACAAAGAUGGCGUUAUAAAAGGGUCAUAAAAAUACACUUACUCAUUUAAUGUUUUAGGUCAGCACAUCUUUUUUUCACCAAUUGUGAAUUUAACAGAAUAUAAUUAGCUAAGCUAAUUAAUACGCAUUAAGCAAUUUAAUAUGUAUAUGUAUGUGGAAUAUUACCCUUUUUUGUUUUGUUUAUGCUCAGAAAAUAUAUCUGGUCUGAUUACCUGA